AUACCAUCUAUAGCUACCAUAUACACCAUGGUCCAUGAACGGUUCGGCUUCAUACCUUGUAAUUGGCAAGUGCAGUCUGCCCAAGCACAACUGAAGAAGAGAGAUGUUGUCACUUUGUCACCUACAGGCUCUGGCAAGACACUCACAUUCUGGAUUCCUUUAUUAUUCAAUGAUGAUGGCAUCACCAUCUUGAUCACUCUGCUGAUGAUCCUCGGAGACAAAAAUGUCAUCGAGCUACAAGAAGUCAAUAUACCUGUUGUGAAUCUGUCCGCUGCAACAGCCACAGACACGAUAUUCGAGGAAAUUGCCACCCAAAAGUUUCGGGUCAUAAUUGUUAGCCCCAAGAGAAUUCUGUCAGACCAUCGCUUCAAUACCUUGUGG